AUGAACCAAAAUCUUUGUUUUACUUUAUCGAUUCUUUUUAUCAUUAUUAUUAUUGUUUAUUAUGGAUUAUUACAAGUUGUAGCAGUUGCUCCUAAAGGUCAUCCUAAAGUACUGAAGACUAAAUCAGUGGAGAAAGAUCUUAUCAGAAUGUUAUUAAAUCGAUAUGAACAAUUUGGUAUAAUUGGACGACCAGUAAAUGACAGUAAAAUUAAAGUUGAUGUUCGUUAUGGAUUACAACUUUUCCAAAUUUUGGAUUUGGAUGAGAAUAAACAAAUUCUGCGAACUAACUGUUGGUGUAUGCAUAAAUGGACUGAUUCCCUCCUUCGUUGGAACGAAAGUGAAUAUGGAAAUAUUAAAACAGUUCGUAUAUUUCCAUCACAGAUUUGGACUCCUGACAUUAAACUGUAUAAUUUUGCUGAUGAACGCUUACGCGAAUAUAGAGACGCUCGUGUUGUGGUCUCAAGUAAUGGAGAAACACUAUGGCUUCCACAAGCAUUAUUUAAAAGUACAUGUGAAGUUGAGAUCACAUAUUUCCCAUUUGACACACAGAUAUGCAUGUUAGAAUUCGGAUCCCUAACGUAUGAUAGAACUCAAAUGGACAUAUUAUGGUGGAUUCCAGAUUCACCUCCCAUAGAAGAAAUGCCAUAUUUAGAUUUCUCAGAUUACGUACCAAGUAAUGAAUGGCGUACGGAUGGUGAGAAAGAACGUGAAGUACACCAUGUCAACCGUACUAUACAAAUUCGAUCAGUUAAGAAACAUCGACGUCGAAGUCAAACUGUUGGUAACGAAGUGAUCACAAGAGAAUAUCCAGUUUUACGAUAUUUAAUACGUUUGAGAAGGAACCCGAGUUUUUAUGUAUUCAUGUUAGUGAUUCCAUGUGUGUUGUUAUCAUCUUUAACAUUGGUUGUAUUUUGGUUGCCUCCAGAAUCUCCAGCAAAAAUGAUGCUUGGAAUGAAUAUAUUUGUGGCUUUUUUUGUCUUAUUAUUACUACUUGCUGAGUCUACACCAAGUGCCGUGAAAAAUUUUCCAUUGAUCGCCACCAUGGUAAUCCAUCUUUAUUUUCGUGGUGAUCGUAAAGGUGCAGUACCAUAUUUUCUACGUCGAAUUAUAAUAGAAGGGAUUGGGAGACUAACAUUAGUAAGACAAAGAAUCCCAUUGCCAGAUGUAAAGAAUUCAAAAAGGAAUGUUUUUGCAAAAUAUCACAGAAAGACUCUAAUCUCCCAAAUAUCUCCUGCUAAAACCAAACAGGCUUAUCAAAACAGAUGUAAAAAUGAACAAAACAGAUAUUUUGGGGGUGGAUUUUUCCCGCAAUGUAGUGAAUCAGUCAAUCAACCUGCUUGUGGAGAUCAAUAUUUCGAAAAUGUCACCACUAACUGGUCUGGUUCAAAUGAAUUUCAAACACUUAAAGAAUAUUCUGGGAAAUCCUGUCCACAUAUGAUGAAAACGUCAAUCAAACUUAAUCAUCGAAUACCGGAAAUUUUACAGCAAAUUAUGCAUAAUGAUAAUGAUAUGAAUAAUUAUCCAUUCAGAAUGAUAAACUAUGAUGAAUCAGAAAGUUUUAAUUCAACCACUACACUUGAACGUGAUGUUAGGGAACUGAAAAAAUAUGUUAAAAUAGUAGUUAAUCGACAGAAAGAAACAACUCAUAAAAGUUUAAUAGCUAUGGAAUGGCGUACUUUAGCAAUUGUUUUAGAUCGUUUAUUUUUCUUCAUAUACAUUACUACUAUUCUCAUUGCGGUUGUUGUUUCAGUACCAUAUAACAUCGAAUUAGAAAUACCAGAAGAAUUUCAAGAUUCAGAAGAACGAGUAA